UCCUCUUCUCCUCUCCUCCUCUCCUCUUACUGUGAACGCGACUAUGUUGCUUGGACUCAAUGGACACGCUUUGAUUUUUAUCCUCACGCAGCAUCAACAUUUGUUGUUUUAAUUGUGUGUUUUUUGGAUAAAGGAACCACUUUUGGAUAUAAAUAAAUAUGGAGGAGGAGAGAAGACCCUCUCAACAGUACGGCGCUCUGGAAAACACGCGAGUGGAAGAAGGAGCGAUGGAGAAAUCAACGGACGACGUCGUCUCUAUGGCCGACUCCACCAUGACAGCGGAUGACAUCGAAGGAGAGCUGUUCCGAAUCGAGCGCGUACGAGACGUCCUCGUGCGGAGAGAGUCAGAGCUCAGAUACAUGAUGGACGACAUCCAGCUCUGCAAAGAAAUCACAAGGCUGAAGGAGGAGCUGCAAAAACGUGUCACCAUUCCAGACAAGGACAAGUCCACGGAGGACAGGGUGAAAGAGGAGGAGCUGCUGCGGCAAAUCAACAAGCUGGUGGAGACCAGAGACUUCCUCGUGGAUGACGUGGAGUUUGAGCGGCUGAGGGAGAGAGAGGAGGACAGAGAGAUGGCAGCUUUUUUACAGUCCAAAUUUCCCAAGGCCUUGACUGCAAAAGGUGCUUUGGAAGAUCAGUCGGUGGCGUCUAAAUCCAAGCACACGUCGCCGCCGUUUCUCUCCAAGACUGGACUCACGCUGCUGAAAGACUGCUGCGGCUUCACCUGCUCCGUCAUGUAACUGGUGUGAAAGCAGAGGACAGGGGACACGUGAGCCUCCAUGUGUGAAGGAUUAGCUGCAUACUCCCCAUGAAUGCCAACGUGCAUAUAAUAAAUGGAUAAGCGUUAUAUUAUUAUGUGCGUUUUGGAAAUACUGUGAUUAUAUGUGUUGUAGUAUAAUAUGUGCGACUGUUUUCUUUCUAUUUAAGUUUAUUAGUUUAUUAAACUGUCCUUUGAAUAAGCUACUGUGAUAAAAAUGUGAUUUAUCUUGCUGUAUAUGUGUGGACAUGUGCUUUUUUUAUAAGUGUUACUGAAAUAAAGACGUUUUAUU